ACGCGGACGCUCCUCGAGGAGCUUUUCGGCAAGCUCAGUAAGCGCCGCGAGCUCGCCGUGGCCGGAAGCGUCUCGCGGUGGUUACGCGUUCACCACGCAAGACUUGGUAUCCUCGCUCACCGAGCGCGCUAUAUAUAUAUAUAUAUAUAUUCGCAAGUUUCGAAAUUUUAUGUACGAAAAAGUUUGGAUGCGAGACGACGAAAUCGUGAUAUUUUCACCGAUGUUGGGCUUUUUUUCUCUCGUAAACUCGCGCGAUUGAUCUCGGCGGUUCUCCAAAAUGUUACUUUAUACAGAGGUGUAAAAAAAGGGAUUAUUUUAUUAAAUUCUAGACAAAAACACUCGUAACUUUUCGUUUGAGAAAGGUAAAAGGAGAGAGACAAUAAGUUGAAGCUUCCCAUCCCUUUCGCAAAGGUUUGGAUCAAAGAUAAAAGUUCAACUUAUUCGAUGAAUAGAACAUCUAGUUACGCUAAGGGGCACUUCAACUUACUUUGGUAAGUUACGCCAAGCGGAUCCCGUAUUGAGGAAGAGCCCAUGAGGAAUCGCGAGGUCGCUUUUGGUGAACUGACGUCAUCGAGAAGGAGCAAGUAGAGCGAGGAUUCACGGCGGGAGAGUAUCUCCUAAGGCUAAAGAAAAGAAGCCGAAGGCGAAACAGAAUAGCGGCCGGAAAAGCAGCAGAGAAGUGAAGAAGGAAGAAGAGGAAAAAAAGAGAGAGAGCAUCGAGAGCGAGGAACGAGAAGGAGGAGAAAGCUCGGAAGCUCGAGCCUCGGGGUUAUUACCAGAGGCAAGUUAGACAGGCGAGAUAGAAUUUCGAUCGAGGCACUUCCGGGUCGCAGCGGUUAACAGUUGAUUAAUGCGAACGGUUUUAAUUAACAAUCAGCUAUUUCGCAGUCGUAACUCGCUUAUCCGUCCCGCGUCAUUCCGAAUAUCUAUUAAUUAAGACGUCAUCGUCGGGGGUGGAGAACGAAGAAGGGUGAAUCGAUCCCAUCUCGAUGCCGACUCGAGAUACUUUCGGUGUCAUUCGGAUUCAAUGAUGAAGGACGUAACAUUUCCGAGGAGCGUCUUCGUACUUGUCGGUUGAUUGAUCAAACGAGGAAUCGAUUCCAACGCAUUAAUCGAACGAAGACGAUGCUCGGUAAAAGCACGUAAGGACCGCACCUGUUUUUCCUACGCUUUUCUUUCGUCGAGGAAGACCUCCCGGGGAAGCAGCUAAGAUGUGCGGGAGAUCGUUGCUGCUGUGCGUCCUCGGUAUCAUCGCUGUCGUCAACGAAUCCGAAGCCAGUUGGGAGGAAUGGUGGACCUACGACGGUAUUUCCGGACCUUCGUUUUGGGGCCUGAUAAAUCCGCAGUGGUCCCUCUGCAGCAAAGGAAGGCGGCAGAGUCCUAUCAACAUCGAGCCGGACAAGUUGCUCUUCGAUCGUCACUUGAGACCGGUGCACGUCGAUAAACACAGGAUUUCCGGACAUUUGCACAAUACCGGCCAGUUCCUGGUGUUUAGAGCAGACAGGGAAGCGAAGGUACGAGUCAAUAUAACGGGUGGUCCACUUGCCUAUCACUAUCAGUUCGAAGAAAUAUACAUUCACUACGGAUUGGACGACGGUCAUGGUUCCGAGCAUCGUAUUAAUAACUAUGCUUUUCCCGCCGAGAUACAAGUCUACGGCUUUAACGCCGAACUGUAUCACAAUAUGAGCGAGGCGCAGCAUAAAAGUCAAGGACUGGUGGCGAUUUCGUUAAUGGUGCAGCUCGGCGAUACGUUAAAUUCUGAGCUGCAGAUCAUCACCAGUGUGUUCAGCAAGGUCAUACAUCGAGGUGACACCGCACCUGUCCGCUACCUGUCUCUGAGAAGCCUUCUUCCGGAAACCACCGGUUACAUGACUUACGAAGGCAGUACGACGCAUCCAGGCUGUUGGGAAACGGCGGUGUGGCUGAUUCUCAACAAACCAAUUUAUAUCACGGCACGAGAGCUGUACGCCCUAAGGAAAUUAAUGCAAGGCCCUGCCAGCACGCCGAAAGCGCCCCUCGGUAAUAAUUCCAGACCGUUGCAGGGUCUUUAUUACAGAACUGUGCGAACAAAUAUCGAUUUUGCCAAGCGAGGAAACGCCAAGUGUCCGUCGAUGGCGCAGGACAUGCAUUAUAGAGAUGACUUUUUCCUUCCAGCCAACACGUGGCGGGACGACGGCUCCCUAUCGCACAACGUAGUCUGAAGCCGUCCCGCGGUAGGACCACGAGAGGGGACUUUUUUCUAAAGGAGGUUCUGCAACGAGACGAGGAUAUCAUAUAGACGCGGAUAUACGCAAGGAGGGUGAGGAAAAGAGCUGAUUUUUAAACAACCGGGAGAGCGAAAAAGGGUUUGCCGUGGCUGUGCGGAAAAACGGACGUAAAUUUUUGAAUGGUUGUAUGUAAACACUAAGGGGCGCGCGAAAUAAAAAUACCAUGGCGAUUCCCUUAUGUGUCUCUGAAGCGGACGCGAACAAGUGUAUAAUACAACCAACAUUUUCGUGCAAAAAGGUUUCACGUACAUAAUUUGUAGAUAAGUUUUUAUCACGAGAAAAAAAAACUAUACAUGUAAAGAUUGAAUUUUGUUUCACACAUUCUCCGGAGUAGCAGAGAACAAAGACACACUGCGUGUUGUGCUACAGCGUUAAUGUAAUUCUCAUAACACGAGUGAUCAAAGGAGCUUUAAAUGUCUCGGUGGGAUGCGAGUUUUUGUUUAAUGCUGUUUGUAAGUUUACGCAUACACAAACUUGUAACAAACAAGUUAUCAGGGAUGGGCGUGUAUAAGUUACAUGAAAUAAUACACUUAUUAUAAACUAAACUGUGUAAUUUUGUAAAAUGGACAAUAUAGCGCAUACUUUCAGCCGAUGAAUGAAGAAUGAUUCCUAUAGCGUGAGAAUAGACACUGUUUCUCCGAGAUAAAGGAGACGCAAUGUUUUUUAACCUGCCCAUCGCUGAUAAUCACACGCGACUCGUUCUGUUUUCACGUGAAAAAAAAAAAAAAAGAAAAAAGAAAAUCGUGCGAAUAAAACGAAACUGCUUGAAUAUAUAAUUAAUCCCGCUGAUAAGCCUGUAAAUCGGUCGAGUUAUUUGACAGGUUUUUGUCAAUUACUGCGUAGCCAAUGGCGAUACGAUGUGAACGGUGUAAAGCGAAAAUCGUUACGAAAUACGGGAAAGGGAAAUGGGAUGGGGGAAAUGAAGCGGAAGCGCGGGAAGAGACGAGACGAUCGUGAUGGAUCUCGGUGGAGAAGAUACAGAAGAAGAAAUAGCCGGUAUCACGGCGGAGAGGAUGGAAAGAAGACCGGGUUAAGGGGAUGAGAUGGGGAGAGCAAUUUCGUAAUAGCUUCGGGAUAGAGAGGAGUAGGUUAAUAAAGAAGGAAUGGUUCGGAAAAGGAAGAGAUUAGGAUAAAGUCAUGUGGUAGAUCAACCGCGCGGAAGAGAACGCUGGGGCUCUCUCUCUCCGUUAGCUUAGCCGAUGGACGAAUAAUCCGGCGCGCUUUUGUAUAUAUAAAAAAAACACAGAUACGGAAAAACGUACACGAACAGACAUUACCUAAGAUAGACGUUAAGCAGUGAAAAAAAAAGACGAAAUUCUUUUAGGGAGAAGAAAAAAAAGCGUGUGUAUAGAGAAUAAAAAGUUGUAUUAUAAAUCGAAAAAAAAAAGUGAACGUUUAACAAUUGUGGUUAAUAAGUAACGGUAACAAUAAAGGCGACGUUGUAUUGUACAGCAACA